CUGCAUCUGAUUAUUUUCCGUCACAACAACCGAAUCCCAAUAUUUGGGAAUCGAGCAAUGUCUUAUCUGAAGAAGAUGAGGCAAAUGAAGAAUGUGAGGAUGAUGGUGAGGGAAAUGAAACUUCUUCUCCCCAUCAAAACUUCAGUCAAAUGUUACAGCAACCACUCCAAUCAACUCCUGAAUAUCGUGUUGGUGGUUCAAACAAUAGAGGUUGGUCGCGAUCAGAAACUGCGGCUCUUAUAUCCGGCUACAUGAACACCAGCACCGACAUAAUUAUCGGCACAAAUCAAAAGAAGGGUGUAUUUUGGAAGAGAGUCUUGGACGCAUACGAUGCUGCCAGGGAAUCGAAUCCAGAUGAAAUAUCCCUACGAACUAUUAGUAGUUUGAAGGGAAGGUGGAUGCGAAUCUCUGAAGCCGUGUUAAAGUGGUGCGGAAGCUAUGAUAAGGCCCGGAAGCGAAAGGCAUUCGUUUUUUCGGAUGCCAGGUAGCUGCAACGAUAUUAAUGUGCUUCAUCGAUCCCCUGUGUUCGAAGACGUCUUAGAGGGUCGGACACCUCCUGUCAACUUCGUAGUCAAUGGUCAUCAUUAUACGAAUGGGUAUUAUCUUACUGAUGGAAUCUACCCUAGAUGGGCUUCUUUUGUGAAAUCCAUUACGAGUCCACAAACUCAUAAGGAUCGUUUAUUCGCAAAACACCAGGAAGCUGCAAGAAAAGACGUUGAACGUGCAUUUGGGGUCCUUCAAGCUCGUUUUGCCAUUAUUAAAAAGCCGUCUUUGGCGUGGGAUACCGACAUACUCCACAAUAUCAUGCUCGCCUGCAUCAUAAUACAUAAUAUGAUCGUUGAAGAUGAACGAGAGACGUAUCAAAAUAACGUUAAUACCAAUGAGUUUAUGAAUGCUGGAGGGAACGCUAAUGAGGACAUUACCGAGUACCGUACUGAUCGUAUUGUGGAUAUCGGCUUAUACUUGUCUCGUAGAACAGAGAUUGAGGAUCAACAGACUCAUUUGCAGCUAAAAAACGACUUGGUCGAACAUAUAUGGAAUAAAUUUGGUAACAACGAAAACUUAGGCAACUAGGUUUACAACAAAUGGUUAUC